UUUUGUUUAUAAAUUUACCGACCAAGGAUUCAAGGAAGCGAUUCAUCAACCAAAGUUUAAUUUAAUUUAAUAACGUAAUGCUAACGGAUAACGACAUGAAUACCGCGGUCAACGACGAUUCCACGGAAAUCUGCGUAAAUGAGGAGUUAGAGGAUGAUACCAGCAAUGGUGAGUAUCAGACCAAACCAAAAAAAAUCAGAACACAAAAGUACACUCAGGUGCAACUCCAGCUGGCAUACGAGGCGGUGCUGAACGGCACGUCCGAUUAUAGUGCUAGCAGAAUGUUCGGAGUGCCCCGAGGCACGCUGCAGUACCGCGUUAAGAACAAACUAUCUGACCUGGUGGUGAAAUCCGGCCCGAAAUGUUACCUCAACAAGUCGCAAGAAUUGGCCCUGGCAGAUUCGCUGCACGCCCUGGCCAAUGCUGGCUUCACGGUUACAUCUAGAGUACUCAAGAUCUUUGCUGCGGAGUACGUCAAGGCGAACAUGCACCAGUUCCCCGAGGGAAGUCCAUUUCCGGCAGGAAUGCCUAGCGAUACUUGGAAGUCUUAUUUUCUGAAAAGACACCCCGAUUUGGCGGAACGCAUGUCGGAGAACUGGGCACAUUACGGAUCAAUUUCGGUUGCGCCGGAACGUGUGCCCGUUUGGUUUGGAUGCGUUUCGAGAUAUCUGACGAAGAUGAGCUUGCAGACUGUUGUUCAAAACCGCCGGCAGGUGUUCACGAUGGAUGAAAUCAAACUCAAAAGAGCGGUGAAUAUCGUCACGUGCCUCUUCGGGGCAAACGCACACGGGAAUCUACUUCCCCCGUUGAUUCUUUACCCACCUACAUUCAAACUGCCAACGCAGAAAAAGCAAUCCGAGUUGAAAUACGCCGUCGCUCAUCAGGACACCGAACUGACCGCGGGAAACUUCCUGUACCAGUGGCUUUCGAGAGUUUUCCAACCCUGGCUGAUCGAAGAAAACGUUCCUCGGCCUGUGAUACUCUUCCUCGACGGCCAUCGCCACCAAAUGGGCUAUUUGAGCAGUCAGUUUUGCCACCAGCACCAAAUCGUCCCCGUGUCCCUCCUCCCAAGUUUCGACCACACGCUACGCCCCCUCAACGCCACACUGUACAAAGCGAUAGAGAAGCAGUGGCGCAAUCAGUUGCAACGCUCCGCAAAAGCCAAAUUCACAUCCGUGGAAGCAUUGCUCGAACCGGUUCUGGACCGACUCGCCGGCACCGCCCAAAGCACCAUUCGUGACGGAUUCCACCAAAGCAAACUGUUCCCCUGGAAUCCGGAAGCCCACACGGCGAAUGGCUCGCAACACCGACAAACCUUCGUCGCCCGCCGUCACACGGUGGACGAACCGCAACCAGAAAACCCGGUCGUCGUCCGGAAAGUUCGGAAAAACGCGGCGGCGGCGGCUCCGGCGAUGGAAAAGACCGUUGAUCCGACGUUGCCGCUGCUUCAGCGGUUGCUCGAGUCACGGCUGUCCGAGCAACAGCUGGCCGAGUUUCAAGCCAGGCGGCAUGACGCGGUGUGGGCGGGGCCGAUCGAGCAGACCUGUCUGUUCCAGGUGCGGCGCGAUUUGGUGGAUCAAAUUGACGGCGUCAAGACGGAGUCGGAGGAAUGUUCGGAUGCGGCACAGGAUGGAUCUUACUUUGAGCCGAAAUUGAUAGCUGUUAAGGAGGAAGAAAUCGGUGAAUUUUCACUGGACAUUGUAAAAGAAGAACCACGUGUCGACUUUGAGGAUCUGUAAACCGAGUCGUCACUAUAAUUUGUUUUCUGUUGUUUAAAACGUCUUAAGUAUUAGAGAUUCCACCCUAGGGUAAACACCUGACCUUUGAAUAAAUAUUUAUUAGAACAAG